AUGGCAGGCGUUGACUUUUUGCUGACCGCGCUGCGGCGGCUGCUGCUGCGGCGGCGCGACCUGCGGCUGGUGCUGAUGAGUGCCACGGCCAGCCCGGACCAGUACGAUGAAUACUUCAAGGACGCAGGUGGUGUGCAGUGGGUGCACAUCGAGGGGCGGACCUUUGAGGUGCAGCAGUUCUUCCUGGAGGACCUCUUCGCACUGCAGCUCGCAGCCGGCCAGAGGCCCCGCUCCGUGGCGCUGGCAAGCCACGUCCGCAGCCGCUUCGCCGACAAGGCCCGCCCCCGGCAGGGGGACGACAUCAUGCUCGGUUUUGAGGUUGACCCCUUUGAAUACGAGGGCGUCUACCCCCCAGAGGUCCCCGAGCUGCUCAAAAAAUGGGCGGGUGACGUCAGCCACUGGGCGUGGCAGGACAGGGAGGAGGCGCACGUGGCGGCGGUGGUGGGGGCGAUAGAGUACGUGUGCAGGCACGAGGAGGAGAAGGGCGCCAUCCUGGUGUUCCUCACCGGCAUCAAGAUGAUAUCUGACGUCAUGGACGCCCUCAGGGCCCUGGACGGCCUCGGUGACGUCAUCAUGACCGUACCCCUGCACAGCGUGUUGGCUGAGACAGACCAAGACCUGGCGUUCAGGCCGGCGCCGCCAGGCGUGCGCAAGGUGAUCCUGGCCACCACCAUCGCGGAGAGCUCGCUGACGUUUGAGGACGUCGUCUUCGUCAUCGAUGGCGGGAGACACAACAGCCUCGCAUACGACGCGGUCAACGCGAUCCCCUCCCUGGGUCCCCAGUGGGUCUGCAAGGCCGCCCUCUGGCAGCGCCGCGGCCGCGCGGGGCGCGUGCGGCCGGGCAAGUCGUUCCACCUCCUGCCGCGCGCCAUGGCGGAGCGCCACCUGCCAGACUACGAGGCUCCAGAGGUUCAGCGCGUGCCGCUGGAGGAGUCCUGCCUGCUGGCGCGCAGCCUCGGUUUCGGCAUCGCCCCCUUCAUGGCCGCCACGCCCAGCCCGCCGGACGCGCGCCUCGUGGCCUCCGCGGUCGCGACGCUCGAGUCCCUAGGCGCCCUGGACUCGCGCCAGGCGCUGACCCCCCUGGGCCGCCUGCUGGCGCUGCUGCCGACCGCGCCGCAGCUGGGGCGCAUGGUGGUGUAUGGCGCAGUGCUGGGGGUGCUCGACCCCGUGCUGACUGUGGCGGCGGUGGCGGACGGGGAUUCGAAACCGCUGGUCCGCCUGCCUAACGAGCGGCAGGGGGGGGCGCUGCAGUUCGAGCAGCACCGGGAGAUCGCAAGGGGCUUGAGAUGCCACCUGCGGGAGCAGCGGCGGCAGCAGCAGCAGCAGCAGCAGCAGCAGCAGGAGAGGCAGGACCCGGAGCAGCAGCAGCAGUGGGAGCAGGAGGAGCCGACAGCCGCCAAGGCAGCCCACGACGCCGGCGCGCCGCGCGAGCGGCGGCCCGUCGGCAGCGGCGGCGCGCCGCGGGCUGGCCGCAUUGUGGAGGGCACUGUCUUGUCUUCCGACGCCGCGGGCGCGACGAUCGAGCUCGACGGCGGCGGCGGCCGCGGGUUCCUGCCGCGCCCCGAGGGUGUGCUACGCGGGGCCAUGAGGCUGCUGACUGGCAGCCACGCGGACAUCGGCACUGUGAGCGACCACUUGGCUGCGGUGAAGAUUUUCAAGGUGGGGUCUCGGGAUCAAACCUGGUUGGGGCUGCUGGAAUGA